UUAUGCCUAAAGUGAGAGUCAACCUUUGUGGGAAGUGCAGAAACACAAAACGCAGCACACACCCUCCACGAGAUCCCAGGGGAGUAAGUCUAUUGGUCAGAAGAGGAAUCUAGACGACAUGAUCAUCUACCAUAUUACAUCCAGUCUGUGCGGGGCAGAUGAAGCUUGUCAGUAAACUCUAAGACUUUAUUUUAUGUCAAUUUAUUUAUAAAUUAUUAUUCUUGCCCUCCUCAAAAUCAGCGGCACAGUCAUGAUUUUAUUUCAGAGCAUUGCAUGGUGUUUCUUUGUCUCAGACCUGCACUCAUCUGCCAUCCAUGCACUUGAAAUGUGUCAGACCGCCUGGUUUGAUGAUGGAGAUGAUUCAGGAGUAGGUGACUCUGAGCUCUUGACUGACUUGAGAAGGAAACAUGGGACCAUGAUCUGUUCAGAUCCAGUGGACAUGGAGACUCAGACUGUUGCCGGGAUCAAGUCUCAGCACACAAGGAACAUCUUCCACAUCCACAGUCCAUCGGAGGGCCUUUUGUGCCUCAACACAGAGCAAGUAGGGAGUUUGUGUGAUGAUUAUAAGGUCAAGUUCACCUGUUCUGGAGAGUUUUGUUCAGAGUGCCAGACGGGCUGGUUUGACCAGGAUGACCCGGAAGGGCAUGGAGAUUUUGAGCUCCUCAGUGACCUCCUCCAAAAGUACCCCGGGAAGAUCUGUCCUCAGCCAGUAGCCAUCCAAGUCCAGACCGUUUCCGGAGACUCUGCCUCCAGUACGCCGGAGACAUUUUUAAGGCUAGACGCUGCAUACGGGUUUGCUUGUGUGAAUACAGAUCAGACUGACAAGAGUUGUGAAGACUACAAGGUCAGGUUCACAUGUCCCAAAGAGUUCUGUCAAAUGUCACAGGAGUGUCGCACACAAUGGAUCAAUAGUGAUGACCCAUCAGACGAGGGUGAUGUGGAGUCCUUGUAUCGGCUCAUGAAGACUUACCCUGGACAGGUCUGCAGAAAUCCAAUCCGAAUAGAGGCCAGGACAACAAACGGAUUGUCUUCCAAACUCACUGGAGACAUCUUCCUCUCCAAUGAUGUUACUUUUGGCUUUGCAUGCAUCAAUGAGAAUCAGAAGAAUAACCAACAAUGUGCGGAUUAUGAAGUGAUGAUGACAUGUCCCUCCGAUUUCUGUCACAUGACAGGUUGCAGGACUCGCUGGUUCGACCUAGAUGAUCCCACAAGCGAUGGCGAUUAUGAGACUCUAGUCGAGCUGCAGAGGGUGAACGCUGCUGAGGUUUGCGCUCAGCCUGUGGCAGUGGAGGCUAUGACAGUAUCUGGCAUCCCAGCACAUGAGACUGGCGAUGUCUUUCAAAUGUAUGAUGCCACUCAUGGCUUUGCAUGUGUGAAUCGUGAACAACCUGCACCUUCCUCGGCCGCGCACCUGUCACCAACCAGUCCUUGUUACCACCUGCAUUUAAACCUGCCUGAUCACGGAAAACCUCACCGUAGUAAUGAAGCUUCCAAGCGUGUAUCCUCCAUGUCCCUCGUCAAGUGGAUCUCUGCCAACUCGCCGUCAAGCCAGCCGCCCGUCCUCGUCACUGCCUGCCACGUACUCUCUGCCUCAACAACCCACCAGCGCAUCUCAAGGACCACCUACCUUUCCAUUUUCAAUAAACUGUUCAUCGCAACCUCUCAGCCGCCGCCUGCUCUUGGGUCCAGUCUCCAUCCGAUCGUGACAAUAUUGGGAUGAAUGAUGUCAGUUUUAUUAUUUGUUAGAGAGUGUUCCAGUCCUAUGGGGCAAAAAAAUGAAAAGAUUGACCAAAAGUAACACAGACUCAAUAAAACUGCUGGAACAGAGAGUGUGGGUGGUGGUAUGCAUGGUGAGCAGAGAGCGAAGUUAGGUUGGGGUCUUGCCAAUGAGUGUUUAUCAGUUAAACAUAGACCAGUGAGUGAAGAGCGAGCCUAUUAACCAAGAAUACAGUUCACAGUGGUAAGUGUUGAAGGGAGCACCAGUGACAAAGCGAAUGGCAGCGUGUUUUGUGUUUAUGAAAGAAAGUUUUUGAAGCUGAUCUUUAUAAUACUGCACAUCUCUGUAAUAUAGGAUUGGGAGGACAGACAUUUCAACAAGAAGCAAUUUAGAAGAAGGUGUUAGUGAGAAUAUUUUUCGGUAAAGAGAACUUUACAAGAGAAACAUAUUGAUGUGAGUUUCAAAUGCCAGUGAACUGUCAAGCCAGAUUCCUAUGUAUUUGUAGCAAGUGUGGAAUUGAACGGCAGAACCAUAAAGAGACAGAAUAUUGCUGGGCUGCAUGAUUAGUGGGGCGUUUCUGUUUAAGGCCAUAAAUUUAGUUUUUUCUUAUGUUCAGUGACUGUAGACUAGAAGACCAUUUUGAUAUUAGUAAAACUCGCCUGACGCACAGGACAAUGUGGAGGGAGGAGCUAGAAGUCUAAGUAACGGUGUUGUCAGCAUACAAAUGGGCAAGAGUGUUACCGAUAUCAUAGGUUAUAAUGUUGAUGUAAAUUUGGAAAAGUGUUGGACCAAGUACAGAACUCUGUGGCACACCUUUGAAAAGUGGUAACGUGUCUGAAAGAAUACCCUCCACCUUCACUGACUGUAUGCACCAUAAAGCAGUAUCUGUUUAAGAAAGUCGCACAGCUCUCAUAGAGGCCAAUAUUCUGUCAUCUUUCACGUAGAAUUGAAUGAUUAACAAAAUCAAAUGCCUUUGCAAGAUCCACAAAAACAGCAGCACAAUGUUCUCUGUUGUCUAUGGCACCUACAAUAUAAUUUACCAAUUUUAGCGUACCAGAGGUACGACUGUGUCCUGAUUUAAAGCUCAUAUGCAGAGGGUUAAGGGCAUUAAGGGUAUUUCUUUUUUAUUAUUUGGGGAAGGCAGGGCAGAAUAGUGAUGGAUCUGCAACUGAUCAAAUCCGUGUCAACACCUCCUUUAGAGAGUAGGAUGAUUUCCAAUCCUUGGGGAACACUCCAGUUUGCGCCGAAAGGUUGACCAGAUUGCAGAUGGGGGCUGCAAUGAUGUGAGCUCCAUAGAGAACGAAUCUAGCCCAUCCAGGCCCAGAGAUGCAUGAGUGUUUAGGUUGAGCAGCUCAGACGGUACAUCCGACUUGUAUAAAUUGAAGGGAGAAGUGGGGGCGGGGGGGUCCUCAAUGAAUGAAUCACGGAUCCUGAUAUGACUGGAGAAUCGGUAGGAGGAGAUAUCGAUUCAUCAUAUCCACAACUGGCUUUGGCAAAAGUGUUUGUUGAAGCAAUGAACCAUCUUAAACUUGUUUGUGACGACAAUUCCGAUUAGAUUGACUUAAACUGAUUACGAACUUGAUAAUGCUUUACUAGUGGCCAAAGUAGAGUCAGAGGAUAAAAGCACUCAAAUUUGUCAAAGGAAUAUGAAAGUAAUGAGUUCUAAAAGGAAGCCAAAUUUCAAAAAUGAAAAAGUGGAGGUGCUGGUGUUGUCAUGGUCUGUGUUUUGGUUUGGGUUGUGUUUAGUUUUGUUCCAUGUUUUCCUGUGUUCCAUGUUUGAAGUGUGCUCAUUAGGUUGUUGUGUCCACCUGUUCUCGUCUACUUUGUGUCGACCAAUCAGCUCUCUCCAGCCGCUCGUGUCUUGUCCAGGUGUUCCUCGUUGUCUCGUGAAUCUGUUUGUAUUUAGUUCCCUGGUUUCCCGGGUCUGAGUCUGCUGGGUCCACGUUAGGGCCAGUUCGUUGUAUAUAUUGAAAUAAAAGUUUUUUUGUUUU